UUAGCGGAAUCAAUCCUUCUCUUCUUCCUACACAAAACCAGUUUUAUUCUCUCUUUCUCUCACACACACACAUACACACUUCACUCACACACACAAAAAUCGCCUCAAAAUAUCGAUAGUGUGUGUUUAAUUGUUUAUGUGUGAAAAUUAUUGAACAAAAAUGGUGCAGAUAAUGGCGUCAACGGUCCGUCCUUCGAUCUCACCGUUCGGAACUGCUCGGUUUGGUGGUGGAAUCUCCGUGUGCGAUUCGUCUUCGCGGUUCGGUUCGAUUCGGUUUGGUUUCAGUGUGGGACCACAAUCGCAACGUUUUGGUCUGAAUAGACAAGAAGGAAACCGUAAAUCAGCUAAAACAAUUGUAAGCAUGGCUCAAGGAAGCACAACAAUCACACAGGAAAAUGCAUUGGAAUGGGUAAAAAGUGACAAAAGAAGAAUGCUUCAUGUUGUUUACCGUGUUGGGGAUAUGGAUAGAACAAUAAAGUUUUAUACAGAGUGCCUGGGAAUGAAACUGUUGAGAAAAAGAGACAUACCCGAGGAGAGAUACACGAAUGCGUUUCUUGGAUAUGGACCAGAAGAUUCUCACUUUGUGAUUGAACUUACAUAUAAUUAUGGAGUUGACAAAUACGACAUUGGAACUGCAUUCGGUCAUUUUGGCAUUGCGGUUGAUGACGUUGCCAAGACUGUCGAUCUUAUAAAGGCCAAGGGUGGCACCGUAACCCGGGAACCGGGUCCCGUCAAAGGUGGAAAAUCAAUAAUCGCAUUUAUCGAAGAUCCCGAUGGUUAUAAAUUUGAGCUUAUAGAAAGGGGUCCCACUCCUGAACCCCUUUGUCAAGUAAUGCUUCGUGUUGGAGAUCUUGAUCGUUCUAUAGCUUUUCAUGAAAAGGCUUUUGGUAUGGAGCUCCUUCGCCGAAGAGAUAACCCUGAGUACAAGUACACCAUUGCAAUGAUGGGUUACGGACCAGAAGAUAAAAACGCUGUACUGGAGUUGACUUAUAAUUACGGGGUCACAGAAUACGACAAAGGAAACGCUUACGCUCAGAUAGCAAUAGGCACAGACGAUGUUUAUAAAACUGCAGAAGCGGUUAAGCUUUUUGGCGGGAAGGUUACCAGAGAACCCGGGCCCCUACCUGGUAUCAGCACCAAAAUUACCGCAUGUUUGGACCCUGAUGGUUGGAAAACGGUCUUUGUUGAUAACGUUGAUUUUCUAAAAGAGCUAGAAUGAUGAUGAUGUGGAAGAUUUACUCAUUCGGGGCUGAAACGCACACAUCAAACUGUACCACCCACGCCAUUUUGUAGAUAACUGAGCAGUGGUUGCAACUUGUCACAAAUUUGAAAUCUUGGUAGAAUGGCUAAUAAUGUGUAUUUUUUUUUUUUUGGUGAAAUUAAUUGUGAACAGCCAAGGAAAAAGAGGAAAUAGCAUUGUAGAAUUGGUGAAAUCAUUGCUUUAUGCAUCAUUUGUUCCAAUACAUGUUGAACUUGUGUGUUUUACAAUACAUCUUACCGUUGUUUAAACAUUAA